AUGCCACAUUGGACUGCUCUAGUCGCAGAAAAGAAGCAGAGGCAGCUAAAUUCCAUUCCUCAGGAUUGGCUGACCUGUGGGCUUUUGAAUGCGAGAGAAAUUGAGAUCACCAAUACUUCUGUGGAUGUUUUGUUGGAGAGACUUGCGAGUGCGGAGUGGACAGCUAUAGAGGUGACAACUGCGUUCUCCAAGAGGGCUAUUGUUGCCCAUCAGCUUGUCAAUUGCUUGACGGAAAUUUUUGUUGAUCGUGCAUUGGCCCGAGCGGCUGAGCUCGAUGAUCAUUUGAAGAAGACAGGGAAGAUCGUUGGCCCACUUCAUGGGCUGCCAAUAUCUCUAAAGGACCAAAUAUGUAUCAAGGGACUAGAAACCAUUAUGGGUUAUGCGUCGUGGAUUGGGAAGUACGCGGAUAAAAACGCAGUGCUGGUGGACGUUCUGAUUGAAUGCGGAGCCGUGCCAUUCGUCCGCACUAACGUUCCGCAGACACUCAUGUGGCCAGAAUCCUUCAAUAGUGUUUUCGGCCGGACGCCUAACCCAUACAACCGCUCUCUGACCUCGGGUGGAUCAUCAGGAGGAGAGGGUGCCUUGGUUGCCCUCAAAGGAAGCCCUCUGGGAGUCGGCUCGGAUAUCGGAGGCUCUAUUCGUAUUCCCUCUGCAUUCUGCGGCUUAUACAGCCUGAGACCGUCAUACGGGCGUGUACCAUACUGUGGCGCCCUCAACUCACUCGAGGGCCAAGACUCGGUCCCCUCCGUGUUCGGUCCUAUGACAAACAGCCUCAGCGGGGUCAAAGUCUUCAUGAAAGCUGUCGUUAACGCCAAACCAUGGCUCAAAGACCCUCUUGCGGUUCGGAAGAAAUGGGACGAAGACGAAUAUAAUCUCGCAGACCAUGGAUAUGGCAAAGAUUUGUGCUUUGGGAUCAUGUGGGACGAUGGCGUCAGGUCUCUGGAAAUCACAAAAGCGGCACUCCAGAAGGCGGGCCACAAAGUUGUUGACUGGAAACCCAUCAAGCACAGAUUGCUCCAACAAGUCACGAUGGAUAUCUUGACCGCCGCUUCCACCGAGGACAUCAUGAUCACGACCUCUGUCACAGGGGAGCCAAUAAUUGCAACAAUGGAGCUGGACGAUACAGGCUUCCGUCCGCAAAACAGCGGCAUCACCGCAUACCAGCUCUGGCAACUGCAGAAGCUGCGUCAAAAUACCCGAAAAGAAUACCUAGAUCACUGGGAAGCAACUGCGUCAGAGACUGGGACAGGACGACCUGUCGACGCUAUCAUCUGUCCGGUCGCAGCAUAUGCGGCACCUCCCCAUGGGAAGAACAGCUACACCAAUUACACUACCGUUUGGAAUGGACUCGACUAUCCCGCCACGACUUUUCCUGUGACUACUGUCGACUCCACUCUCGAUGGGCAGGAGCCUCCCCAUGGUUUCUAUGAUGAUUUCGAUCAAUACGUGUACGAAAUGUACGACCCGGAGAAAUUCAAGAACGCCCCUGAAGAGGCGGUCAUAAAAAUGACAGAAAUUGUCGAUGCGGCACUGACAGCCACAAAAUAA